CAUCCCAACGUUCUGAAAUAUCGCGGUAUCUGUCUCCGUAAUCACUACGUAAUGUGCCGUGCUGCUUCUAGCGGCGCUGGUGACAGUGCUGAAAGCUGUUGGGUAUGAAGUGAAACGGAACUGAAUUUUUGUACCAUCCGCAACUGCUUCAAGUUCAGAUCAUAACAAAGAAACUGAAGAUAAAACUCCCAAAACAAAAGCAAAGUUGCAACACUGAAGACGCAUAGAAAACCAACCAACCGAUCACUUCAAGGGUUUAAAACGCAAGAAGUAACCAAAUCCUGAAACGACCAAAGAAGACGCCCAUCAGCCCAAUUGAAACGCAACAGAGAAGCAAACCUAUGCCCCAGCAUAUUCUGAGAAGACUAACUGAUCUGAAACCAGAAGUUUGUGCCUACUCAACAGCUUUGACAAAGCACAUGUCCCAACGCUGCUCCUAGCCCUCCUCAUCCUCACCACAUCACCGACUCACCACCGGGGUGUGGAGUGGGCUGCUACCUGCUAGUUUUAUUUCCCCCCCAUAGUUACCCGCCUCUUUUCCUUUUCUCGACUCUACUGUUUUCAUUGUACAUUUCCUUUUUUUACAGCAGUGUUUAUGCACCUGCGUUUGCCUUUUUUCUGCUAGAUUUCUGCCCCUCUUUUUUGCUUUAUGCAACCAUCUAGAACUUGUGCCAGAAACCUGUAACAAGUGUGUGUGCGUGUGUGUGUUCAACUGUGUGCGUGAAGAGAUCUGCAGAAACGGCAACAUCACUGAGAUCCUGAGAAUAACAAGAGUAUACGCAACGAAUAAAGACAUCCAGCGGUGUAUCAUUGGGUGGUCAUAUAAAAUAGAACUUUAGAAGUCAAGCAAAAAAAAAAACCUCCACACAAGUAAUACAAGUUCAGCAAGUGCUUGAGCAAGUUUGGUCCGAGUUUAUGGGAAAAUAUGGGCAGCCCCUGGAAAGGCUUUGUUGAGUUUACCUUGCCUGCGUCGCCACCCACCGCAUUUGUUAGCGCUGACCUGAGCAGCACAUCCCCUGUCGGACUCAGCCUGUCGCCGUAUGGCCGAUCCAUGAGUUUUGACCCAGGCAUGCUCCAUAACAAUGGACAUACUGCGUACGCUAACGGAACAGGGCCUGGCAUUAGAGAGACUGGUGUGGUUGAGAAGCUCCUGACCUCUUAUGGGUUCAUCCAGUGCUCUGAACGCCAGGCUCGUCUCUUCUUCCACUGCUCCCAGUACAAUGGCAACUUGCAGGAGCUCAAAAUAGGAGAUGAUGUAGAGUUUGAGGUAUCCUCUGACAGGCGCACUGGCAAGCCCAUAGCAGUGAAGCUGCUAAAGAUAAAGCCAGAGGUGCUGCCAGAGGAGCGCAUCUCGGGCCAGGUGGGGCCAGACCUGCACGCCUAUCCCUUUACUGUGCUGCAUGGUUAUAUUCAUCCAGUUGUCUCUUCAAUCCCAGUGCACUUGGAUGGAAAGUCUGCACCUGGCCAGGUUCCCACUGGCAGUGUUUGUUAUGAAAGAAAUGGGGAGGUGUUCUACCUUACCUACACGACUGAUGAUGUGGAGGCUAAUAUGCACCUGGAUACAGGCGACAAAGUCAGCUUUUAUAUGGAUACCAACAAACAUACUGGUGCAGUCAGUGCUCGUAAUAUUCAACUGGUGAAGAAAAAGCAAAUGAGAUGCCAGGGUGUGGUGUGUGCUACAAAGGAGGCCUUUGGAUUCAUCGAGAGGGCAGAUGUGGUGAAGGAGAUUUUCUUUCACUACAGCGAGUUCAAGGGUGACCUGGAGGCUCUGCAGGCUGGAGAUGACGUUGAGUUCACCAUUAAAGACAGGAAUGGUAAAGAGGUGGCCACAGAUGUGAGGCUGCUCGCCCAAGGAACAGUCAUCUUUGAGGACAUCAGCAUCGAGCAGUUCGAAGGCACUGUUGUCAAGGUCAUUCCCAAGGUUCCCACCAAAAACCAGAACGACCCUCUUCCCGGCCGCAUCAGCUCCCAAAUUGGCUUUGCUGACAAGGAGCUCCCAUUUGGUGAGAAGGACACAAAGUCCAAGGUGACUCUUCUGGAGGGAGACCACAUCCAGUUCAACAUCUCCACCGACCGCAGAGACAAGCUGGAGAGGGCGACCAACAUCGACAUCCUCCCUGACACCUUCGACUUCACCAAGGAGAGCCGUGAAAUGGGUGUGAUUGCAGCUAUACGUGACGGCUUCGGCUUCAUCAAGUGCGUGGACCGGGACGCCAGGAUGUUCUUCCACUUCAGUGAAGUCCUGGAGGAAAGCCAACUGCACAUCUCAGAUGAAGUGGAGUUCACUGUUGUGCCUGUAGGUCCUGUUUAUAAGCUUUUCACAAAAGAUAUGCUGUCGGCUCAGAGGAACCACGCAGUACGCAUCAAGAAGCUGCCCAAGGGCACAGUGUCCUUCCAUACCCAGUCUGAGCAGCGAUUUAUGGGUGUAGUGGAGAAGGAAGUAGUGGCAGCCACCACCAAGAAUGCCUCCCCCACCAAGGGCAAGGAAAAGAAAAGAGACAAGGCUAAAGUUGUAGAAAAGGAAGCUGAGGAAGGAGUGAUUGCAUAUGAAGACUGUGGAGAGAAGCUCACUGUGCCAUACCAUAACAAGGAUCUAGAGGGAGGAUACCCACAAGUUGGAGACAAGGUGGAGUUCUCCAUCAAUGAAGUGAAGCGGACCGGCCUGCAGAGCGCAGUCUCUAUCCGGGUCCUCAACCGUAAUGCCUCCAACGCCAAGAGACUGCUGGGAUUUGUUGCCACACUCAAGGACAACUUUGGCUUCAUUGAGACUGCAAACCAUGACCAGGAGAUUUUCUUUCACUACAGUGAAAUGUGUGGAGACUUGGAGAACUUGGAGCUGGGCGACACCGUGGAGUACACUCUCUCUAAAGGAAAAGGAAACAAAGUCAGUGCGGAAAAGGUUACCAAAGUGGCUGCAGUGAAUGGCAUCAGUGAGGAUGUUGGUGCGACAGUGAUGAUGGGGAAAGUCAUCCGUCCCUUACGCAGUGUGGACCCCUCCCAGACAGAAUACCAAGGGCUUAUUGAAAUCACAGAGGAAGGUGCAAAUAAAGGCCAGAGUUAUCCCUUUGGAAUCAUGGGAAUGUCGAACAAGGGGGAUUGUCUGCAGAAAGGAGAGCUGGUGAAGUUCCAGGACUGCACAGUAACCCAAACUGGACAGAAGAUGGCCUGUAACGUGGUCCCUCAGCGCAGAGCCAUGGUGGAGUGUGUCAAAGACCAGUUUGGCUUCAUCACAUAUGAAGUUGGUGAGAGCAAGAAGCUUUUCUUCCAUGUAAAGGAAGUGCAAGAUGGCCUAGAGCUCCAGACCGGGGAUGAGGUGGAGUUCUCUGUCGUCCUCAAUCAACGCACAGGAAAAUGUAGUGCCUGCAACGUACGCAGAGUCAGCGAAGGGCCUAAGCCUGUGGCGACUCCGCGUCCAGAUCGUCUGGUAAACCGAUUGAAGAGCAUCACCCUUGACGACGCCAGUGCUCCACGUCUGGUGAUUGUAAGGCAGCCCCGGGGUCCCGACAAUUCAAAGGGCUUCAAUGUGGAGCGCAAGACUCGCCAGCCGGGUGUCAUCGACUGAGCCAUACAGAGCCCACCCUGUUUGGUGUUGGUGGGAAGCUUUCCCAGAGGGCGACGAUAAGGGAAUUUGAUUCAACACAUGCUUGCACACAGGCAUUCAUAGACAGAACACACACAAACAUACAGUAAUCGUCAUGUGUAAUCUUUGUCCCAUCGAUACCUGCGAGGGAACUUUUCUCAUUCCACAGUUCCCUGCCUCGCCUCCCCCCGUUAUGAUGGACCUGCUGCAGAGUUCCAGCGUACAUGGGGAGGGGGCUCUGAGUGUGUGCGUGUGUGAUGUAUCCUAGCAGUGAUUGUAGUGUGUAACGGAGGUAUUUGUUUCUGAGGGUCUCGUCCCUCUAAAUCAGAGUGAUGACUGUGUGGCUGUCUAUGUCCCUAUUUUUUUUUAACCUGCUUUGUCUGGAAUUCUGCACCUGUAAUCUGUCCAAUAGUUUGCCUGGGAUGUCUCUGAGCAUCUGCUCCUUUUUUUGUGUUUUUCAUAUUUUUGCUCCUUUACCCAUGGAAACUUAGAUAUGGUUUCAUUAUCAAGUUUUCACUACUGUAUGCUUUCCUACAAGACUCAUAAAGCAAAGCAAAGUUCCCUCCAUAAGGAGGAUCAUAUUUCUCAUGUGCGAGCUUAAACUGAGGAUUCUUCUCUGCUCGGUUUUUUUGAGCAGUUUUAAAACGCUUUAUUGAAGAGCUGAGGUGAAAGCAUGGUGUGUAUGUGUGUGAUGUAUGUGAAUGUCAAUGUAGUUAAUCUAAUGGGAUUUACUUUCACCAAUCUGGAGCCUUUAGAUACCUUUUUGGUAUUCACAUGCUCCGCUUAAGCAAUUUUUUCCCAGGUGCAGAAUUCCUUGUGGCAUCUUAUCUGCAGUUCUUUUACACCUUUUUUUUUUUUUUUUUUCUCUCUUGCACAUAUUUUUGCUUUUUUUCCAUUGAAAAUCUGCUAAUAUUGAAUUAAGUAAGAAUAAGGUGCCUAAAAAAACUACAAGCAAAAUAUAAAAAAAAAGAAAAACAAAAAAUUAGAUGUACCCUCUGUUCCCAGCCAACCGCCAAAAAAAUCUGAACAAUCUAAGGGUGGCUUCUUCUUUUUUUUCUAGUAGAAAUUAUACUGAUAUGCAUCCCAAACCUGUGGGUUGAACUAUACUGUAUGUAAUGUGUGCUUUUUUUGUUUUGUUUUUUUUGCUUAGUGGAAGUUCUUUGGAACGUCAAAAUAUAACAAAACAAAUUUAACUUAAAAAAAGGCGAAGGGUGAAGUAUUAGAAAUUCAGUUAAAAGAAAAUAAAUUAAAAAAGCAUUAAGAAUCAGGUUACCAGUUAUUGUGAAACGGAGAGACAUGGUGGGUGAGCUGUGCGCCUCUGCACAUAAAGUUACAGUAUAAAUUAAUUUAAACUUUGGAGAUCACUGGGUUUAAGUUGAACCACAGAGGUUCUCAUGUUCUUUUGUCUUGAAUGAAACAAAUGAAUUAAAGUUUUAUGAAAAUCAC